UCCUGCGCACGCACCGGCAAAAUGGCUCCGAUGGGAUGUUUAUCCUCUGCACUGGUAGUUUUAACGACUGUUUUAGGGUUUUAUACAGGAUUUGUGGAUUGUAAUAAUGGCAGAAGGGGGUCUGAUGGUGCGGAGUCUGAUCUGGCCGGCUUCUCUGUGCCUCUGGAGCACUCUUUUGAAGUGGACGACACGCCCAGGUUCAGGACUCGUGGUACGAUUCAUCUGAAGGCCGGGAGAGAGAACAGUGCUGCUCUGACCCAGACCGAGCUCUCACACAAGGACAGGAGUCUACUGAAGGACGUAGCGGCUGUAGACGGUCUGUACAGGGUCCGAGUUCCCCGGGUGUCUCCGCAGUCAGACAGACAGACAGAUGGUCACCUGAGUGCCUUCGUCAGAGCCUGCUCUCUGGUGGAGUCACACCUGAGUGAUGUCAUCACGCUGCACACCGACGUCAGCGGCUCGGUCAUCGGUAUCUCCAUAGUGACCGUGCCUGGGGCGUGUCGCGGAGCUGAGGUUGAGGAGGACGUGGACCUGGAAACGUUCAACACCACCAUCAGUGUCAUGGCUCCAGUCAACGCACCGGCCCCCGAGACGGCUCUGUUUAUCGAAAGGAUGGAGCAGGAACAGGACAAGAAAGGAAAAACCCAGGAGCAGAAGUCCUUCUUCGCUAAAUACUGGUAUUUGAUUCUAGGAGGUGCAGUGUUCCUCAUGGCCACCAGUUCAGCACAGCCCCCAGCAGGGGGAGCCAGAGAGCAGUGAUUCACACAGCCAAUGGAUGUACAUUGUCCCUCUCGUCCUCUUCCUCAUGAUGUCCGGAGCGCAGGAUCAGUCUGGAGGCGGAGCUAGCGGUGGUGCAGCCAAUGGGGGCGGGCGAUGAUCUCCACGGCAACUGCAACUCUUCUGUUAUUGGUUUAUAAAGUGUACAUAAUAACUUAAGAAAUGAUAAAUGAACGGAACAGGAUCCACAUGCUAAUAAACUAAGAAGCUAACACUGAAGAAGUUUAAAACUGUCUUUGUUUUUGUUUUUUUUUACUGAAUUAUUGAAUAAAAUGUGCAGGAAAUCA